GCACAUCGACGCAGGAAUCCAGCCGAAGUGAAAAUUACUCGUUUCAUUUUCUGUGAACUGGACUGUUUGUUGCUCUCGACACCAUGAGCAUCGCCCUGAGAGUCCCCACAGAGAAAUAUAAAGUGGGAGUCGAAGGAGGAGUCGAAGUGGGAGUCGAAGUGGAAGGCAUCGCUGUAGCUGAGAGCGUGAGUGACGACCCAUGCAAGAGUCCUCUGUUGGCGUCGUGGCGGUUCUGGACCAUCAUUCUGGCCAUGAUGGGCACAGUACAGCUGGUGAUGGUGCGCAUGAGUCUGUCAAUGGCCCUGGUGUGUAUGGUGGCCCCAGCUUCCAGGGCCACAAUUCAGGAACCUUCCCUCACCACUCAUUUGAGUGACGGUGCCACGCAGGGAACUGCCCUCAUCACCACUCAGGAACCCAUCCUCACCACUCAGGGACCUGUUUAUACGACAUAUAUGACACAGAGAGACGUUGUUACUACGCAAGAAGGCGUCCUCGGUACUAAAAGGUCUUUCAUUACUUCUGAGGAGCCCGUUCUCAUCACUGAAGAAUCUCUCAUCACCCAAGCACCCAACCUGACCUUCACAAGCCUCACAGUAACACCACACACCAGUCUCAGCGUCUGUGGCUCUGUGGCUCUAAUAUAUAAUGAUGAUUCUCCUCCAGAAGAGACGCUAAGGGGUCACUUUAACUGGAACAAGGUGGUGCAAGGUCGCCUCCUGUCCAGCCUCUUCUGCGGGUACAUCCCCGGCACCAUACUAGGGGGCUGGGCGUGUGACCGCUGGGGCGGGCGUCUCAUCAUGGUGCUGAGCGUGGGCCUCAACGCGGUCACCACCCUCCUUCUUCCUCUGGCGGCACACAUUCACCACGGCGCCCUCUAUGCUCUCCGGGCUGUGCAGGGCUUCACAGAGGGGAUGGGGCUGAACGCCCACCCAUACCUCCUGGCUCGCUGGGGUUCAUCACCAGACCUCAGCCUCCUCACCAGCCUCAUCUAUGCCAGCUACCCGCUAGGGGUAAUGGUCUCUCACCCCCUCAUCUCUUUCCUCUGUAUCCAUGGACCCUUAGGGGGCUGGCCCUUUGUCUUCUACCUGAUGGGAGUCCUGGGAUGUGCCUGGACUCUUACUGCCAUGCUUCUUCUUCACAACUCCCCCUUCACUCAUCCAUUCAUCUCACAGGCAGAAAGAAGAUAUUUUCGGCGGUAUGGCCAAGGGGCGAGUGUUGGCCGUGGCGUGCCAUGGAGACGGGUGCCAUGGGCCAGACUGUUGAGGAGCAUGCCAGUGCUGGCACUCAUGGCAACAACCAUUUUUGGCAGCUUCGGUUACUUUGCCUUCACUCUCCAUCAGCCACUCUUCAUGAGGGACAUUUUUGCUUUCUCCAUUAGAGAGAAUGGAAUAAUGUCAUCGCUGCCCUGGCUGGUGGAAGUGCCCCUGUCACUGGCAGUGGGUGUUGCAGUGGACACCCUCAAGAGACGACACCUCUCCCUCACCACCACUAAGAAAACCUUCAACACACUUGGGUUACUUUUGGCUGGUCUGACACCAUUGGUGGUGGUGGAAGCACCAUGCGAGUGGCGGUGGUGGGCAUCAGUGGCACUGCUGAUGGUAGUGAUGGGUAACUGCAUGAUGUUCGUGGGAGGUUAUCAGUACACUCCUGUUGACCUGGCACCUCCCUAUGCUGCUACACUCUCUGGUCUGGCUAACUCAUUCACGGGCCUCAAUGGCUUAAUGGCACCAAUGGUAGUGGCUUACCUCACACCCACGGGGAGCCGUGCAGAAUGGCGGCUGGUGUUCUGGGUGAGUGCCAUCCUUGGCCUCCUCGGUAUAGGCGUGUUCCUCAUCUGGGGCAGCGCUGAUACUCUGUCCUGGGUGUGCUCUGCCAGCUUGCACUCUAGGCAUGCUGUACUCCCUAAGCCAGACAAGGUAAAGGAGGGCUCAAUGAGUAGAUCAAUAAUAAAACAUCAAGCCGUCACAGAAGAAAUAACACCUGAUCCUUCGUGAACAUAUGAUGCAGCGAGUAGCAAUGUGC